CGACAUUUCGAUAAAUAGUCUAAGUUAAAAAGAAUGGAAAUUAAAGUGUUGAGAUAUAAUUUUGUAAACAUUCGAAGUAGUAAAUUAUAUUUCGAUAGAUUAGGACGAUUCAAAAGAAUGUCCUGAAUCGAAUAACAUUGUUUAGGCCGUUUCUAUUUACUCGAAACUAAAGGGUGUCCCAAAAUUAACGCAAGAUUUGAAUUUGCCGCCAUUUGUGCAGCAACCCCAAAAAAACACAAUCUGAAGACUAAAAACUGUGUUUUCUAUUUAAUUCAAAUAUGGCGAUAAUUUUGGGACAUCUUUUAUAAACAAUUACAACAUCGAAAAAAAACAAUAAUCCACACAAUUCACGUUGCAAUUUGUAUCAUUUCAUUCGUGAAGUGGGAAUCACUGGAUUUCCGUGUGUAAAACGUAUUUUUAAUAUAAUUCAGUUCAUUUUCUUAUUAACUAUAUAUGUAGGUGGAUUUACGAACAAACGAUUUGGUCAAAAGUUCUUAUUUUUUUUGGCUUACUUUCGAUGUAUUUGCACAUAUCGUUUGUCCAUUUGAUCCCUCUUUUUUUUUACCGAAAAUAACUUAAAUAAUAUAUCUCUUAAAAUACUUUCGUCCCUAUAAAUAGACACGUUGUAGACAUUUAUAAACAUUCAUAGUAAAUAACAUUUACGCUCACUAUUUUAUAGAGUAUUUGUCAAAAUAGUGGCGAUCGCUUCAUGCAACCCUGUAUAUAUAUAUUAAUUUGUUAAUCUACACAUUGAGUAAUAAUAGAAGUAGUAUUUGGUAGUCAUAGAAAUCGGUUAGGAAUCCGUCAAAGUUUUUUUUUUUUUCAAUUAGAACUUAAGGCUGUAAAUUCAAAAUUUCUGCGUGAACAAUGAAGCAAUUUUUAACUACAUACACCCAAGAUUUUACCGAAAAGGAAUGGAAACCUGUAAGAUAUCCGAAACACGACGACAGAAAGAAGCCGACGCACACAGUCAAGUAUUUCGAGUAUCUAAUUCUAGAUAAAGAUAAACCUCUAGAGCCUCCUGAGGAAUACUAUAAGGAUUACUACGAAAAGAAGUUUAAGGAACAAUACACCGAAUCAGAUAAGCGAUACUUCUGCAAACCGUUAGACGCUGAAAUCUUGAAGAAAUAUUUCGCACUGCACGCACUAAGUACGUAUCAGAACGACUACUGCCGUCUGUCAAAACAGAAAAACAAAGCGACAGAUGCUGUGAGAUUGGAUAAGGACGCAGAACUACCCUACACUACCUACAAAUCAUCUUAUCGCAACCCAGUGACUGUCAACAGAAACGCAUCUAUCAGGAUACAAAAGAUCGUUCCACCCACUACGAUGGGCACAGAAAAGAAACUGUUCAAAAAGUUGAAUGUAAGCACAGGAAAAAGCGAAUAUACUACGAUCAUUGGUGAGCUGGGCGGUGUGAUAGUAAAAGAUCAAAUUCACGGAAAAAUCAUACAUCCGAAAUGCGAGGAAUUCCUAGAUGACACAUAGAAAAUACGCGUCUCUCGUUUGAC